GCGUGUUGUUUUGGUUCACGGAUUGAGGUUAGGAGAUUUAAAAAAUUGUAAAAAUCCUUGCGAAAUUCUGAACAUUUUUGAACCAUUUCCUGUAUCUAUUGCUUUCUUCGAUUGUGGAAGAAGCGUAAAUCAUGACCACUCUACGACCCUUCACCUGCAACGACAUGUUCCGGUUCAACAAAGUCAAUCUGGAUCCGCUGACCGAAACGUACUGCCUCUCGUUCUACAUGCAGUACCUAGCGCACUGGCCGGAGUACUUUCAGGUGGCCGAAUCGCCUACCGGUGAAAUCAUGGGCUACAUAAUGGGAAAAGCAGAAGGCCAAGGAGAAUACUGGCAUGGCCAUGUGACGGCACUAACGGUUUCACCCGACUACCGAAGGCUAGGAUUGGCCGCCACGCUGAUGAGCUUCCUCGAGGACGUUAGUGAGAAGAAACGCUGCUAUUUCGUCGAUCUGUUCGUGCGAGUGAGCAAUAAGGUAGCCAUCGAUAUGUACACUAAGCUCGGGUAUAUCGUGUACCGCACGGUGCUCGAGUACUAUGUCGGGGAUCCGGAUGAAGAUGCGUACGAUAUGCGAAAGGCGUGCUCCCGUGAUGUGCACCGGAAGUCGGUGAUACCGCUCGAACAUCCUGUGAGGCCCGAAGAGGUUGAUACCUAGCAUUGAUCUGUUGGCGAAUACGGAUGUUGUCAAGGGGCACGAAGAAAAAUAAUUUGGAAUGCUGUGCUGUUAGUAAAAUACUUGAUUAAUCUUUACUUCUAUCUCAU